AUGACGUCGGUGGUGCAGGACGCGUCGAGCGUAGUAACCUUCGAACCUGAGUCCAGAAGGAACAAUCCACGCGAUCGUCCGAAGAACAAAGCGUUCGUGAACACUCACGCGAUGGAAGGAGCAGUCAGUUCUGUACGGUCAAUAAAUGUGCCAACCGGCGCAGCGAAACAGUUUGACUGCGCACACUGCAGCAAAACUGGUCAUCGAGUGCGCGAGUGUAUUGCAUUUAAAGCGUUGCACGUCGACGACCGCUGGAGAAGAGUCCGAGCUUUAGGUCUUUGUCAGAAUUGUCUAUUCAGCCAUGGACGCAGGGCGUGUCGGAUUCGUAGUAGUUGUGACAUCGAGGGUUGUCAGUUCCGCCAUCAUCCACUGCUUCACUCUCUACGUGGGCCUCCACAGGCUCCAGCAUCGAAUGCAUUAGUGGCGGAGAAUCACACCCACCGUCUUCUGACUUCGUCGACGCUGUUUCGGAUAAUUCCCGUGAUCCUACAUGGAAGCGACGUCUCGAUUGAUACCUUUGCAUUCUUGGACGAGGGAUCAGAUCUGACACUAAUGGAACAUGAUCUGGCUGUAUCGUUGGGUCUGAAAGGUAGCCCUCAGCCUUUGUGUCUACGCUGGACGGGAAACACUUCCCGCAUGGAAAAGGAAUCGCAACGCAUCACUUUCGAGAUCGCAGGUGAAGGACAGCACAAACGGCACAAGAUAGUGAACGCAAGAACGGUUCAAUGUCGCAAUCUGCCGAGUCAGAGUUUCCAGGUGGAAGAAGCAGCGACAAAACACGCGCACCUUAGGGGGAUUCCGGUUAGCAGCUACCAUAACGCAAAGCCUAAGAUCCUCAUAGGAAUCGACAACCUACGACUUGCGCUACCACUUAAAGUAAGAGAGGGCGAUGGUACCGGUCCGAUAGCUGCGAGAACCAGAUUGGGCUGGUGUGUCUACGGUCCGCGAGAAAGCGGUGACACCGAAGCUUAUAAUUUCCACGUAAGCAGAUGCGAUUGCGACGAAGAACUUCACGAUAUGGUGAAGCAGUUUUUUGCCAUCGAAGAAGCAGGCGUGCGCCCGUCAAACAUUCCAAUCUCUAAGGAAGAACAACGAGCGCUAACCAUCCUGGAAACUACAACCCGACGAGUAGAGAACCGUUUCGAAACGGGUUUGUUGUGGAAAGAAGACAAUGUAGAAUUCCCGAACAGCUACACGAUGGCGGUACGUCGUCUAGAAUGUCUCGAACGCAGAAUGGAUCGCGAUCCGCUGCUAAAAGAGAACCUCCAUCGACAGAUGUGCGAAUACGAGGCAAAGGGUUACGCGCACAGGGCUACGAAAGCGGAGAUAGAUGCAGCGGACCCAAGAAGGGUAUGGUACCUCCCGGUGGGAGCGGUAAUAAACCCUAAGAAACCAGGAAAGGUCCGAGUUAUUUGGGAUGCAGCCGCCAAAGUCGAUGGAGUCUCACUUAACAGCGCUCUUCUCAAAGGUCCGGAUCAACUCUCGUCACUUCCAGCCGUGCUAUUCCGCUUUCGACAGUAUGGGGUGGCGGUCAGCUCGGAUAUUCAGGAAAUGUUCCACCAAAUUCGUAUCCGAGAGGAAGAUAAGAAUUCCCAGCGCUUCUUGUGGCGCGCUUGUCCAUCGGAGAAACCUACGAUCUACUUGAUGGAUGUCGCUACCUUCGGGAGCACCUGUUCACCAGCUUCGGCACAAUUCGUCAAAAAUCGGAACGCAGUACAGCACGCUGAACUGUUUCCUGAGGCAUCGAAAGCGAUCGUCCAGGAUCACUACGUUGACGAUUACCUGUCGAGUUUCGGAUCCGUAGAAGAGGCGACAAAGGUAGCAAACGACGUGCGAUACAUUCACGGCCAAGGAGGCUUCAAAUUGCACAACUGGCGGUCAAAUAGCAGCACGGUCCUCGAGCAACUGGGCGAAGUACCAGAUGAAACUAAGAAGCAACUGAACCUGAUCGACGGGUCGACAACCGAGAGAGUGCUCGGUAUGCUUUGGAGCCCAUCAUCCGAUGAAUUGAGUUUCUCUACUCAAAUGAGCGACGAGGUACAAACACUGAUUCGCAUGGCAACCCGACCGACGAAGAGGCAGAUUCUACGUUGCGUCAUGACGUUGUUUGAUCCACUGGGGUUACUCUCGCCGUUUAUCAUCCACGGAAAGGUCUUGAUCCAGGACCUGUGGCGCGAAGGCACGGAUUGGGACGAACAAGUAGGCGAUUUAGUCUAUGCGAAGUGGCAGAGGUGGAUCGAGAUGAUCAACCAUAUCGCAGAGAUCCGAAUUCCCAGAUGUUACUUCCCCAACGCCACGAGAAGGACCUACCUCAGGGCUGAAAUGCAUGUGUUUGUCGACGCAAGCGAAGUAGCUUAUUCGUGCGCUAUCUACUUACGCACCUUCAACGAACACGGUAAACCACAGUGCAGCUUAGUAGCGGCAAAAUCAAAGGUCGUCCCCCUGAAACCGUGGUCUAUUCCCAGGCUGGAACUGCAGGCAUGUGUACUGGGCGUACGGUGGUCAAAAUUUGUGAAGGAAAACCUCGACGUCCCAGUUUCCAAGACGGUUUUCUGGACCGAUUCCAGAACGGCGCUAUCCUGGAUUAAUGCCGACCCUCGAAACUAUCGACAGUUCGUGUCCUGUAGAGUAGGUGAGAUACUUGAGCAUACUUCGGUAAGCGACUGGAGAUGGGUGCCUUCCAAAUUCAAUCCAGCGGACGAAGCAACGAAAUGGGGUAGUGGACCGUACUUCAACCACGACAGCAAGUGGUUCCAAGGACCGCAUUUCCUGAAUCUCCUGGAAGCAGAUUGGAUCUGUCGCAAAGAACCGGCGAUGGUUACCGUGGAAGAAAUGCAUGUAUCGACACUACAUCACAGUUCGUUUGAACCAACGAUCGAUUUCGACCGAUUCUCUUCCUGGGACAGGUUGCAACGUGCGACCGCAUACGUUCUCCGUUUUCUGCACAAUGUAUCGAAGAAACAGCCACGAUAUAGUGGACAGCUACAACAGUCGGAACUGAAGGCUGCUGAAGAAGUCAUCUUCAAGUUGGUGCAACGUGAACAAUACCCGGACGAAGUUGCAGCGCUGUCAAACAAAGCGCCCAAUGAGACCGGUCAAGAAGUCAUCGGGAAAAACAGUUGCAUCUACCAAAUGAUGCCGAAGCUGGACGAGAAGGGUUUGCUACGUGAACAGGGUCGAAUCGCGGCAGUUAAGAACGUCGCCUACAACGUGCGCCAUCCCGUGAUUCUACCGAGAAGGCAUCGCGUCACGGAACUUCUGGUGCAUCGAUUCCACCGCAACUUUCGCCAUGGCAAUGCUGAAACGGUCGUUAACGAAGUUCGACAAUUGUACGCUAUCCCGAGGCUUCGAUUGGUGGUCAAGAAAGUGGGCAGAGAAUGCCCGUCCUGCAAAAUACGGCGAACCAGACCAAUGAUCCCUCCAAUGGCACCACUGCCAUCUGCCCGCUUAGCCCAUCACGAGCGAGCUUUCACCUACACAGGGGUGGAUUAUUUCGGACCAUUGCUGGUGAAGUUGGGGCGAUCCAAUGUAAAGCGAUGGGUCGCACUGUUCACCUGCCUAACGAUUCGUGCCGUACACCUAGAAAUCGCCUACACACUAUCAACGGAGUCCUGUAUUUCGUGCGUUCGCCGAUUCGUUGGACGGCGCGGGCCACCUGCCGAGUUUUUCAGCGACAACGGAACGAAUUUCCAAGGAGCCGAUCGAGUACUGCAGCACCAGAUAAGCCAGGGACUGUCCGCAACGUUUACCAGUGCAAACACGAAGUGGAACUUCAUACCACCAGGAGCGCCACACAUGGGCGGAGCGUGGGAACGCCUAGUACAGUCCGUUAAAGCUGCAAUGAAAGAAGCGUAUUCCGAGGGGAAGCUUGACGACGAGGGGUUGCAGACGUUGGUCGUGGAGGCUGAAAGUAUCGUAAACUCAAGGCCUCUGACGUAUCUGCCAUUGGAGAGCGAGGAGACCGAGGCCCUCACCCCGAACCACUUCCUGACCGAGACAGUUCAGCGAAUCAGUUCGGUGUCGAAUCCUGGGGGAUUCCUGGGAGCACAUCCAGCAUCAGUUAGAAGUCUUCUGGGGGCGCUGGUUGCUGGCAUAUCUGCCCGUGAUCCGCCGGCAACCGAAGUGGUUCAGCGAGACACCAUCACUGGAACCAGGCGACCUAGUGAUGGUCGCUGA